AUGAAUCCACUGACUUUGCUGAGGAGAUGGAGUCGAGGCUCUGACAAGGUAUCUGAAAACAAAGAAGAGGUCUUUGACCCAAACGUGCAUCUCGAUUAUACACCACCCUCCAAGAAGAUCACACUAGAAGACUUGCUUUUGAAGCAAAGUCCAAAUGCAUCGCCUGUUGCGGGAACAGUGCCAUUUCCACUACUAUCGCCCGAAGGGGUGAGAGCCUAUCGAAGGGCAUUGUUCCAGAAAGAUGUCAUUGGCAAAUGUGCAAGCUCCCCAUUUCCGGGCACUUUGGUCCUGCGGGAUGCGGUCAAGCAGUCGAAAUUCGUGAAUGACUUUUGGACCCACCCCGAAACCAUGAGGAUAGUCUCUGAUGCGGUUGACGUGCCGUUGGAGAUUGUGAUGCCUACAGAAAUAGGACACACUAACAUCCAAGUUGAAGGGAGGACGAUCCCGGAAAUGGCGAGUAAUCUGAACGUUGAGCCAUCGUUGGAAAAGCUCGAGCUGAGUGUCGAGGACCGAGCCUAUGAUCCGCUGAAGGAUGCCAGUGCUAUCAUUCCUUGGCAUGACGACUCAUAUCCCUACGUUUGUGUCUUGAUGUUGAGUGACACAGAGGGGAUGAUUGGAGGGGAGACAUAUAUUCAGAAAGGUGAUGGAGAAUCUCAAAAGGUUGAAGGACCUCAGAUCGGCCACGCAGUGAUGCUGCAGGGUGGGGAAGUGAAACACUUAGCUGCCCGAGCAAAGGGGGUAAAAGAGCGCAUAUCCACCAUUACUUCAUACCGAUCCAAGAUGCCAAAUGUCUAUGACUCCAGCUACAUGACGAAUGUUCGACCGUACGCUGAUAUGAGCACCAUUUACCCCGAAUGGGCACACUAUCGUCUCCGAAAAUUAAGAGACGAACUAAAUCUCUAUCUUGAAAAGGCAGAGAAAGAACACAACUAUGCGCACGGAACAGGCGAAGUGCAAAGUCUCAUACACAAUCAAAUCGAAUAUCUGCAACGGACCUCCCGGCAGAUGGUCGACCCCGAAUAUUCGCAAGCACUGGUGAAAGAAUUUGGAAAGGCUGCAUACUACGAUGCACCCAGAAUUUGGCAGACUGUUCAACAUUUACCGAGCUUUACGGAACUCGCGUCUUCCACAGACGACGAACGAAAGUGGAGUCCGGAUAGCGGGUAUUGGAUGGACAUGCAGAAAUCCAUGGAGACCAUUCGUCAAGGUAAGCCACUUCAAAGUACUCUGGGGACUGCUGUGUGGGAUAAAAAGAAGAGAUAUUAUAUGGGCGAUGAGCUUUUGAGACAAGGUCUCAAUGAGGUUUUUCUCGACUGGCUGGGAUGUACGGGAUUGUGGGAUACGUAUAGCAAGCUUUGA